GAGAAGUGAAAUAGUUUGACGUUGGGGAAGAAAUCCCGCGCAUCUCUAUGUCUGAGUUGUAACGAAAGGAAAUGGCUACUGGUCCAUCGAGACGUCGUUCUAAUCCGGCCAAAGGUGAACUGGGUGACGAUCAAGUGAAUAGUAUUUACGAAGCAUUUGCGGUGUUUGAUGUGGAGAAGACUGGAAAAAUUGCAUCCCAGAAUCUUAAGCUAGCAAUGAGGGCACUUGGUUUCGAACCCCGAAGAGAGGAGAUAAAAAAGAUCAUUAGUGACUGUGUGAAAGAUGAAUCUGACUCCAUCACGCUAGAGCAGUUUGUAAGCCUCAUGUCAGAAAAAAUUGCAGACAAAGGAGCCAAAGAAGAGAUCUUUAAAGCCUUUUGCUUAUUUGAUGAUGACAAUACUGGAAAGAUUACCUUCAAGAACUUGAAGCGUGUAGCAGAAGAGCUUGGUGAAAAUCUCAGUGAGGAGGAACUCAGAGAAAUGAUCCAGGAAGCUGACCAAGAUAAGGAUGGAGAAGUGAACCAGGAUGAAUUUUUGAGAAUAAUGAAGAAAACUUGCCUCUAUUGAUAAUUGUUUCCAUACAUAAUCCAGAAUGCCAAAUGUUGCUUACAAUCAAUGUGUGCUGUUCUCACAAUGAAACAAUCAUCUUACUAUUUUUUGGAACUUUGUGUACUGGUUUGAAAUGCAUGCAAAAUAGUGUUGGAUGCAGAACAGUGUUGCAAAUUGUGGAAAACGAUGAUAAUUUUCUUUCAUAAAACCGCGUUUAUUGUAACAAGUUUCUUUUUCUUUCCUUUUUUUUUUAACUACAUAAACCCGAUUAUAUACCAUCUCUAAAAAUCUAACUGAAUAAAUUCGAGAAAAUUAUAGUUUCGGCUACGACUACGUUGACGGAAGGGGAGGUGAGCAAGUACGUGUUACACGACGAAUAUACCGUGACAAUAGCGACAAUCACUCGAAACGACAUGUUAGUUUUCCCAGUGAUCAACGAUACCAUUGCACACUAAAGAUAAGACAGACUGGUAAUAUUGAAGGGCCUUUAAGGGGAACCUAAGAAUAACAAUAAUUUUUUUUUUUGUUUUAAAGUUCCAUUCCCGAAACGACUAUACAAUUCAAAAGCGGACUAUCAUAUGAUGGGUAUCGACGCCAAGAGGUUCCAUAUAUAGGUAACAAAUUUGUACUUGGAGUUCAGUUUCACAACAGAAAAUCACCAUCAAUCAAGAAAAAAAAAAAAUUAAGACCCUUAUUUUAUAAUUUGAAAAGGGUAAUAAGUGAACCUCUGAAAA